AUGGGCGGUUGCUACUCCGUCAUCGCGGCCUCCAGGAUGCUGAACCGCAGGCGCGCCGCCAUCCUCCCCCUGGGAAGCGGCGACGAGCAGAUGGCCGGCGGCGGCUGCUCCCCCGCUAACGACAACGACAGCAGCAGCAAGAAGAAGCAGCGGAUCAGGGGAUUAAGGUGGAGGAGGAGCACCGCCAUCCUGGGCGCCCUCGACGACGGCGCCGGCGACAGCCAGGCGGGGCCGGGGUCGUGUCAGUGCUUCUCGAAGCGGUACAGGCUGGGCGCGGAGCUGGGGCGCGGGGAGUUCGGGGUGACGCGGCGGUGCGUGGACGCGGCGACGGGCGAGGCGCUGGCGUGCAAGACCAUCCGGAGGAAGCGGCUGCGGCGGGGCGCGGACGCCGAGGACGUGCGGCGCGAGGUGGAGAUCCUGCGGCGCCUGUCCGGUGUCGGUGUCGGUGGCGCCGGAGGCUCGGGCGAAGGAGAAGGCGUGGUGGUGCGGCUCCGGGAGGCGUGCGAGGACGGCAAGGGCGUGCACCUCGUCAUGGAGCUCUGCGAGGGCGGCGAGCUCUUCGACCGCAUCUUCGCGCGGGGGCACUACACCGAGCGCGCCGCCGCCAAGAUCGGCCGGACCAUCGCCGAGGUCGUGCAGCUGUGCCACGAGAACGGCGUGAUGCACAGGGACCUCAAGCCGGAGAACUUCCUGUUCGCCAACAAGUCCGAGGACUCCUGUCUCAAGGCAAUCGACUUUGGCCUCUCAGUCUUCUUCAAGCCAGGAGAUCGGUUCACGGAAGUGGUCGGCAGCGGGUUCUACAUGGCGCCGGAGGUCCUCAUGAGAAGCUACGGCCCGGAGGCGGAUGUGUGGAGCGCCGGUGUCAUCAUCUACAUCCUCCUGUGCGGAGUCCCUCCUUUCUGGGGAGACACAGAUGAACGAAUUGCAGAGUCGAUAAUCCAGGGUGGGAUCAAUUUCCAGAAGGAGCCAUGGCCCAAGGUCUCCCUGACUGCGAAGGACCUUGUCAAGAAGAUGCUUGACCCAAAUCCUUCUACCCGGUUGACGGCAAAGGAAGUCCUUGAGCAUCCAUGGAUCAAGAAUGCCGAUAAGGCUCCAAAUGUGUCGCUCGGAGAGCUUGUUCGAUCCAGGCUGAAGCAAUUCUCAUCCAUGAACAAGUUCAAAAAGAAGGCACUUGGUAUCGUUGCCAAGAAUUUACCGGUGGAGGAGAUCAACAACUACACUCAGAUGUUCCAUACGAUGGACAAGGACAAGAACGGUAGUUUGACGCUUGAGGAGCUCAAGGAGGGCCUCUGGAUAAAUGGUCAUCCUGUUCCAGAGACGGAGAUACAUAUGCUGUUAGAGGCUGGUGACAUAGAUGGUAAUGGCACAUUAGACUGCGAGGAGUUUGUAACAGUCUUACUUCACAUAAAAAAGAUGAGCAACGAGGAGUACCUACCUAAAGCUUUCAAAUACUUUGACAAAGAUGGGGAUGGAUUUAUUGAAAUGGAAGAGUUGAUGGAGGCUUUAGCUGAUGAUGAACUAGGCCCUAAUGAGCAAGUGGUUAAAGAUAUUAUAUGUGAUGUUGACACGGAUAAGGAUGGUCGCAUUAGUUAUCAUGAGUUUGAAGUGAUGAUGAUAUCUGGAUCAGACUGGAGGAAUGCUUCUCGGCGGUUCUCAAGAGCAAAUUUCAGCUCCCUUAGUUACAAGCUGUGCCAAUGAUAUUUACGAUGCCAGCAGCAGUUACCCACUGAGUGCAUCGACUAAAGAGCAAGCAUCAAUGGACGACCAAGUCUAAAAUCAGACUACCGGGUUUUGGAGGACACUAGGGUGAAAGGAUAGCCUAUAACCCAGUUGUGUGGAUGAAAAAGUUCCUCAAGCAGCAAACCCUAUGGCAUUGUCCUUUUGUACUGGAAACAAAAUGUUUCCCACCUAGGAUACAUACUAAUGGCCUUAGCUACUAACAGAUGUAAGGGAAGAGCCAGCAUGCAAUUCACUUACAAAAUUUUGACAUUUUA